UGAUUGAAACUCAACUUGAAUUCGGACAAUUCGGUAUUGGCUUCGAAUUAAAUAUUCCAAUUAAUUAAAUCCAACUCAUAAAUUAAUUACUUUCUAAAUUGUUACUGAAUUAUUUGUCUAUUAAUCGCGCAAUCAUUUUUAUCUUUUAAUUCCAUCGAGACGCGAGACGUGCCUUUUGAUCAGACAGCCGAAUUUCAGAUCAACAAUGCAGAAACGACGCAUUCGGUUCGAGACCGGCUAAAACCGGCGAGACAUGCGUGUGUGCGUGCCACGUAAUGUCCACGUAACACCGCGGCCUACGCGCCUGCGAUAUUCGGAAGUCGCGAUUGACGUACCUACCGCGGUGGUGGCGGGACGACGGACGGCGGAUGGCGGCGGCGGCAACACGCGUACGGCCGUGACGUUGGUGCUGGUGCUGGUGGUAGUAGGAACGGGUGGCGGCGAGGACUGAGGAGGCUGGAGGACGUGCCGACGCGGUAGUGGUUCGACGCUCGUGCGUCGGUGGUUGCGCGCGCGGUGGUUGAGAUAAGCAGCGCGGGGGACUGAGUGCACGGCAAGACCGGAGUACCGCAACCGGAGAUCUCGCGCCGCGCCGUUCGGCUGCCGCGUACGCGCUCUCUCGCUCGCUCGCUCCGCCGCGUCUCACAUAUACCGCAUCCGUCGGGUCGGCAGUUCGUCGCGGGACACGGUCGACCGAUCGUUAACAGUCUCUCUCGCCCGAUGUGACCGGAGGGUACUCGCGAUGCUCAAGGAUCACUCACCGAUUACCCAGGCGCUCCUCGGGACCCUGUUCACGUGGGCUCUCACCGCGGCCGGCGCCGCGCUCGUCAUCGUCAUUCGGGGGAAACAACGUAAGCUCCUCGAUGUCAGCCUGGGGUUCGCCGCCGGCGUGAUGGUGGCCGCGAGUUACUGGUCGUUGCUGGCACCGGCGAUCGAAAUGGCAACCGAGAGCAAGAUUUACGGAGCGGAGGGCGAGUACGCGUUCGUGCCGGUCGCAGUUGGGUUUCUCGUCGGCGCGGCGUUCGUAUACGGGACGGACGUGUUGAUAUCCACCCUCGGCAUUCAGUCCCCCAAUGUGCUUUUAGCUAUGCAAUCAGUCGGUACGAAACAAAGACGCAAGAUCAUUGCGAAACUAAAGAGUGACGAGGACUUAGACUAUGAUGAUUAUGAUCCGUUGUUUAACGACGUACAGAUAUCCGGCGAGAAAAUGUACGCUCGCGUCGAAUCGACCGCUAUCGAUGGCUUCUACGAACAGAAUAGUAGACGCCGACAAAUCACGAAUAUAAACAGAUCAUCGGAGUCAGCGGAAAUCGGAACGGUUUACGAGGAUCCUAAUAAUGAAGCGAAGAAUAACCAGUGGCGGAGGAUAUUGCUGCUAGUUGUCGCAAUUACGGUGCACAAUAUUCCUGAGGGUCUUGCGGUUGGUGUGGGCUUCGGAGCAAUAGGUAGUAGUGCAUCAGCAACUUUUGAAAAUGCAAGAAAUCUCGCGAUCGGGAUCGGGAUACAAAACUUCCCAGAAGGAUUGGCAGUGUCCUUGCCCCUUCAAGCCGCCGGGAUUAGCACGCUGAAGAGCUUUUGGUACGGCCAGCUCUCGGGGAUGGUGGAACCCAUUGCCGGUGUCCUUGGCGCAGCCGGAGUGACGCUCGCCGCACCUGCGCUACCUUAUGCACUUGCCUUCGCGGCCGGUGCGAUGAUCUACGUUGUGAUCGACGACAUUAUCCCGGAAGCGCAUCAAAGCGGAAAUGGCAAACUCGCCAGCUGGGCCGCUAUCGUCGGUUUCCUAGUGAUGAUGUCCCUAGACGUUGGCCUAGGUUAAGGACAUCGUCCCCAAAGUAGUUACGGGCGCGUCCACGCUUUUGCGAACGUGUAAAGAUCAUCUGGUAAUGGUAACGAGUGUUCGCAGUCGCGAUGAGACCGUCCCCUCAAUUCGCGGCAUUCACCGGACAAUAGCACGUCUUCUCGCGAAGAAGUCAAAAACCGAAUGCCUAGCGAUAACGAAUGUUUUCCAGUCCCGACGUGUGUUUUUUAUCCGCCGUUUCGUAUACGGCACUUUUAUCCUUAAAGACUCAGGAGAAUCCAACAGUAGUGAAAUAAGGAGUGUUUCCAAUCAGGUUUCAAACUAUAACCCUCGUGAUUCCUGGUAGUCAUCGAGGGGAACAGAGAGAUAUAUAAGAUACAUAAAAUAUUAAUCAUCAUGUGAAACUACGUUUUUAAGACUCGUCUGUAAUUCGAUGUCCGAUUAAUGCUAUAACGAAGGCUAAGUUGUGUAAUCGCUCAACAAUUUUCUAAACCGGUAGAUAUUUUUCUAGAACGCAUUUCACUUCUAGAAUGCAUUUCACUUCGUAAAUGUCUUCCCUCGUAUCUAGUCCUCGUCGAUGCAAUUCCAGAAGUCGAAGACACACGAUAGCCUGGUUGACUGAACUUAAAAUCGAACAUCGAAAUCGAUGUCUGUCAGGAUUCACCGAGAUAAUUGCAAGAUCGAUACAAUCGCGAAAAUUCGGUAGGUAAAGCAAUUAAAACAAUGUGCAGCGUCGAGAACUGUAAAAAAAAAUCAGCAUUUUAAGCUAUCUAUUUCAUUGAAAGUACAGUAUCGAGAAAUGUCGAUAUUUCACAAAGAGGGAAUGGAUAUUAAUUUUUUAUCAAAUACGUAGACAGAUUUAUAUAGAUAUUAUGACAUAUAUCGUUUCAGACACAAUAGAGUUCCAGGAAACUUCAAGCUAUUUAUUCCUGUAUAUAUCGCUUGCGCAAUUUCUUAUAUCGACUUGACUCGUUUUGACUAUAGACGAAUUAAUUAAACGUUCUAAGUAUCCAGAAAAAAAAUUCAAUACGAAAUAUUUUUUAAGAGGGAAUUAUAUUUUUCCAUUGAUUCCAUUAUUAUUUUCUCUUUAUACUGAAUCCCUCUUGAUGGUUUGGGAAACAUCAAAUUGUAAUUAUAUUUAUACCAACAUCAAUAUUGACUGAUCUUUUUGUCAUUAUUUGUAUUUUACAUCAAAUUUUAUUUUACAUUUUUUUUAUUUAUGUAUAUUUAUCCAUUUAGAAUAUUAAAGUAGUAUAGAUAUAGAACAAAGAUUGUUCAUAAUAAAAUCACUUUAAUUUUACCAAGUUUUUAUGUAAAAUCCAGUAUUUCCCUAAAAGAUUACCGAUUGUUUUAUUAAUUUGCUUCAAAGUAUUUGUAUUAUUACUUAAUUAUCGUGAAUAUUGUUAGUAUUUGUGAGAUUUAAAUCUGCGGUUUGAUCACGGAAUUAGUUCGUGAUUCGCAAAUCAUCAUUGGCAUGUUUCCGACUUAUAUACUGCCGCCUUAUUCAUUCUUCAUUAAUGAGAGGCCCACCGUCGCAUUAUGCAAAUUCGUUUGCGCCUUUCUGAAACGGAGCUCUCUCGAAAGAGUGCGAAUUUCGCAACUUGCAUGUAUCUCUCGUGCUCGCACGCAAUCACCGACUACGCUCUCGUGUCUGGUAGGUAAACCUAUACGCAUAUUUAUUGCGUUACAAUGUGCCCUUUCUAAUCACACACCGCGCGCACGGUGCAAUUUCGUUCUUGUAGCGACGUGCCGUUUAUCCCGGAGCACGUAACGAGGUUGCCACUAUACCCGUUGGCGCAAAAAUAGAUCACCUCGCGGAAUCCGACACACGCCUCUCUCGUCUACGGUAUUUCCUUUAAAGAAACGUCUAAGUUAAAUCAUCAGAUCAUUAAGCCAUUGUAAAAAUUUAUAGUGCUAUUUAAAGAAGUCAAAAUAAAUUUUAAUGAAAUAAUAAUAUAUAAAUGAAAUAAACAAUAUCUACAUAAUUUUACUUACUUACAAUUAGAGACCAAAUGAGGAUUCCUUGGUUGAUUGGCCAAUUGACCAAAGCAUGGCAUAUAUCGGAUAUAGUGGCGUGUGUUCUCAAGCCUUCAAAAAUUAGUCAUUUGGGUUUUUUUUAAGAUUUUAAUUUCUACUUCUAUAAAUAUAAGUGCAAAUUAAUAUAUGCAAUUAAGAUGAUACAGAAAAGUAACCGUUAUCUGUAAUUAAAUAACACAUUUUUACAAAUAUUCCUUUUUAUAUCUGCAAUAACAUAAUUCUAUAUAACAUUUUAAUGCAGUGCUAUAAUGAAGUAUUAGGAAUAUACAUACAAUAAGUAUUUAGUCUUUUCAUAGUUUUUAUAUCCUGUAGAUAUGUGUAUAAAAAAGGUAGAUAUAUAAAAUUUAUUCUUUUAUCUUCAGACAUUGGUUUGCCUAAUUCCAAAAUGCAGCUUCUUUAUACGAGUAAUAUUUAGUUUCAGCAUGCAUGAUACGAAUGUAAUAUUCUGUUUUCAUUAUUAAGAUCGCUGCGAGUCGGCAUCUCAGAUCGAUAUUCCUCGAUAGGCCGGAUAGGCGUAUUCGCAGUAAUUGAAAGGAACAGAUCAAUCAUUGGUUAAUCCGAUUCUCGACGCUGUACGCUUUAUAUAAGAUAUAGAGAUUAUAUUUUGAUACACACAGUCGAUAAACCAUCUAAAGUAUUAACAAUAUACGUGUACCCACGUAUGUACGAAAUACCGUGAUGUAUAGAGAAGACAAGGUGGAACCUUGUCGUGGAUGACACUCGAGCUUAAAGCAACAACGAGCUCAGCGAUGCGAUUAGAAGUUGGUCCAAAAUCCUGAAAGGCAAUACAAUUUAAUGUUAAUCAGUAUCAUUAUAUCGACACGUUGAUAUAAUUAAUUUCACGUUUGGAUUAGGGACCAACUUUUUAAUAGGUUUUUCACUACGCUAUCGCUAUAUUGUGCGCAACAUUACAUCUUGUCCUCUUACUUUUCACAUCUAGACCUAUAUUCCUCUAUAUAUUAAUUCCAUUAAAUAGACCGUCUGAUUUCGCGGAUGUCGAGAAGCAUCUCUCGCGCGAUGAUUUUACCUAACGCGACGAAUCGACGAAAACCGUCCGUUUUUUUUUUUAAGCAUUUGUUGGAACAGAUCGUUGCUUUUAUGAAACUGAUGCUUUACAAGACCAAAAUUGUCAAUUCCAAGAGUCAAUUGGACUUUCUUCUUGCGAAGAAGAAUUUUUCUUGUCGCGUGAACGACCGCUGAUAGAUCUUCUCGACGAUCCUUGAUACGGACGAUCGACAGACAAUUUACAGUUCAAAGGAAACCACCGACGCUCGGUUUAUAUUAAACUAGUGCGACCUAGCACUGCCGUUAGAAGCUUCGAUGAUAGAAGCGAAGGACGUCUCGAUCAAUGUCGACGGCACAGCAUCACGUCGACGAUUACGAUGACGUGCGCGAGCGGUGCUUUAGCGAAUGUAUCUUCUGUAAUUAAUAAUGUAAUUAAUUACGCGAAUUGUGUAAUUAUACAAAUUAUCAUAUUAUAUCUAGGUAGGUAACACAGUCAAUUGUAAAACGCGGUGCGGUGCGGACAUUCAUGUAAAUUGUUAAUUUACGCCCGCCCGCUACUUCAUUGAUUUGGCGAUUAGUACUUUAUUGAUGAUAGCAUGUUUUCGUUAAUUAAGAUAUUUUAAUAGGAAAUAUACUAUCCAGAAGAAACGCGUUCGCACAUCGCGCAAUUGAUUCUUUUUUUCUGGUAACUUUUACAACCGGAAAGUAUUAAGAAUUUCCUUUCCGAUUAAAUUAGGUGCCUUCGUAACUUAAUUAGGAUUACUCGUUUAAGCAAGACACCAGGUAUUUGGUGAUUAAACGGAACGACUGAUUCAUUGUCCGCCCGUUCAUUAUCGCGUAUAAUUAAAUUGGUAUAAUUCGUCGCAAAACCUUACACACUGCAUAUUCAAGAAAUAUUCAUUUAUCACGAAUUUAAUGCUGCGGUGUAAUGGUUUUCAAAGAUGUGCAAUAAAAAAAAGAAGUGCAUUAAAGCGUA